CACUCAGAGCGUUCUGCAAGAGCUGAGAGCAGUCUGGAGCCGUUCAGCUGCGCUCAGCGCCAUCCGAGCAUGCCCUGCAGCCCGGCUGCUGUCGUUCUGCUGCUGCUGCUGCCCGGAGCUGCUCGGGCACAGCUGAGGAUCCGACAGAGCCCGGCGCAGCUCUGGGUCCGCCCCGGGCGCACAGCAGAGCUGAACUGCAGCACUGAUAGUGGCUGGAAUGUGGAUCGGCACCGGGCUGUGAGUUGGUACCGGGAGCAGCCGGGCAGCAGAUUGCAGUUCAUCUACCCGAGCCCGGAUUCCUCACGUUCAGAGGGAAAAUACUCCCAGAUGAGGAGAGCAAAGGGAUUGUUUUCCUUUUACAUCAACUCUGCGCAACGGGAGGACUCCGGCUUUUAUUACUGCGCUUCCACCUCUGAGCCCUUUGAGUUUGGGGACGGGACCAGGUUGGUGGUCACAGACGCCACAGAGCCCACCCUCUCCAUCCUGCUGCCCUUGGAUGCGGAGCUCCGUGAGCCACCCCGGGCUGCCAUCCCUCUGCUCUGCCACCUCUACGACGCCCCCAAGGGAUGGGACACCGUCCGCUGGCACCACGGCAAUGUCAGCCCGGUGACGGCCACCUCCAUGGAUGGACGCGGUGUCCUCAGCGCCUGGAGCCUCACCUGGCUCACAGCUGAGCAGUGGGACGGCACCGUGGGCUGCACAGCCGUGCAGAGCAGCACAGGCAGGACCAUCACCGUGACCAUCAGGCAGCCCAGCAGCACAGCACAGUGCCUGCAGUGGCUGCCGGUCGUUUUGCUGCCCUCAGUCCUCACCAUCGCCGUCCAACUGAUGCUGCAGCUCUGCAGAAAGACCCACACUGGGGGUCCCGGUGCCCCACAGCCCCCCCAGCAGUGCAGACACCCACGGCCAUCCCAUAGAGCUGCAGGAUGGAGCCAGGAGACCGAGUAUGCAAUGGUGGCACUGAGAGCCCCUUCCCCACGUGUGCAGUGAGAAAGAAAGCAAGAAAAGGGCGACCACAGAGAACGGCUCAGGGCGAUGGGACCCCAAUGGGCAGCAGCUCUGCACUGUGGGGGUCUGCAGCUCUAUGGGAUCUCUGCAAACAAAAUGGGGGUUUGGGGGAAAUCUCCACCGUAUCUGCAAUACGGUCCCAUCCGUAUGGGGGUGUGCAGCCCCACAGCCCCGGGGUGCUGAGCUCCACACUGUUGGUUCCUCACUCUGUGGGAAGGGCUUUCAGCAGGAAAUGUGUUCCUCUUCUGUCACAUCCGAAGUGAACGACGGGGGGGGGGGGGGGGGGUGAUGAGUGACGGCAUUACCCCCAUGCAGACCUCUGGAAAAGCCCAUUGAUGGCUUUUCUCAGCCCAAAGUGAAAGUGCUCUGGAAAAGAACUAUGCUCCCCAUGCAGUGCCAAUGCCCAGCGCACCCCGAGCAGCCCCAGAACCCCUCCAGCCCCCCUCCAUGCCCCCUAAGAGCCCUUCAUCCCCCCUCCAUGCCCCCUAAGAGCCCUUCAUCCCCCCUCCAUGCCCCCUAAGAGCCCCCCAGCGCCCCUCCACGCCCCUUAAGAGCUCUAUGGGAUUCUGCUAUGGGUGGCAAUGCACUGCUUCCCAGCCCAAUCUCCAGCCCAUCCCCACCAUCACCAGGUCAUGCCUUCUGCUACCCCGUACGACAGCUAUGAGGAAAUGCCAUUAAACAGGGAAAAGUCCUUUUAAACCUCAGGAAUGAAGCAGAGCUCAGUUUCUCUCCACCUCCUGCUCACUGCGCGGCAGCACGGAGCUCCCCUGGCACACACUGGGGAUGCUCAUGGUGCUCCCCAUCCUCAGGUCCCCCACUUCUCCUUUGCCCCACACACUGUGCUGAGUGCAUCCCCUUUCCUCCCCGCUUUCCCAUUCCUGCGGAGCGAUCCUGUAUGGGAAGUUGCUCCCAAGCAUUGGGGCUGAACUGUGGAGCUGUGGGAAAGCCCUGAGUGCUUCCGUGCGACGCUGAGCAGCUGCCCCUGGGGGAGAAAAAGGGAAACGAAUGCAUUCCAGCCUGGAAACCACCCGGGAGUGAGCAGGGCUGUGUUUAAUUAAGAGAGAACAGGCAGCGCUUGCAAAGCAUAUGGCUCCAAUGUGCGGUUUCAGGGCUGAGCCCCAACGGUGCAGAGCUGCUCUCAGUGCCCAUCUGACCCUAAAAGCUGUCACAGAGCAGCGUGGAGUGGAGACGGUGCUGCGAGCGCAGCCACCCCCGCGUGCAGCGGAUGUGGGCACGGAGAGUGGGAACCUGCAGCGCUCUGCUGUUGGUGCUUCUUAAAAUAAGAAUUACCAUUUAAAAUGGCAUUUUUUUUUUUCACUCCCAGCAUCCGCACUCGCCCCGCUCAGCCCAGCCCAAAGCCACCGCUGUUUACAAAGCAUCAGAGAAGGGCAGGAAAGCUCUGCUUAGGGGACAAAUUCCUGCAGGAAAGAGCAGAAAUCUCUGAGAGAUGCAGUGGGAAGAGUGCUCAGCUCUGUGCCCACCGGUCCCAGUUACAGCAUGUCCCCGUUCCCAUCCCCAUCCCUAUCCCCAUCCCUAUCCCUAUCCCUAUCCCUAUCCCUAUCCCUAUCCCUAUCCCUAUCCCUAUCCCUAUCCCUAUCCCUAUCCCUAUCCCUAUCCCUAUCCCUAUCCCUUUCCCUAUCCCUAUCCCUAUCCCUAUCCCUAUCCCUAUCCCUAUCCCUAUCCCUAUCCCUAUCCCCACCCCAUCCCCACCCCAUCCCCAUCCCAUCCCCACUCCAUCCCCAUCCCAUCCCCAUCCCCACCCCAUCCCCACCCCAUCCCCAUCCCAUCCCCAUCCCAUCCCCAUCCCCACCCCAUCCCCAUCCCCAUCCCCAUUCCCAUCCCCAUCCCAUCACUGCUGGAGGAAUGGCCCCAGGUUUCCUCCCCGCGGUGUCCCAUAGGAGCAGCUCCAUCCAUCCACCUCACCCCACAGCGGCUGCUUCCGCAGGAAUCCUGAUAAUAUCAUUGUGAGCAGGACGGCCUCGUUUGCCCACUUGGUGAUUUUAAUCUCCCUUCGAGGUUUGCUUCCUCCUAUGGAAGGUGGGAAAUGAUGCAAUGCUUCAGGCAGAGGAUGGGAUCGUGCACGCCUUCCUGCUCCAUCUGCAGCAAAGAGCCCCAACCACGACCCAAACAGAUGGUCCUGGGGGGUCCCUUACAAAGCACUGCCCCCAUCAUUGGGUGCCUCUCCACCCCUCAGCCUUUUGCACAUUGAUUUUAGCAUAGGAGCUUUAAUACACAAAGAGACCUAAAAGUGCACAGCUUACAUAAAAUGGGGAUGGGGAAAGCGUUGGGUUUGGCCACAUUUCUUGGCUGCCUUUUGGAUGAUGCUGUUGUUCUCUGUUACAAUUGGGUAAGAAUGAACCUCAAGGGAAGAAGCUGAAACCCAAAGCAUGGAGGGAGUGCUGUAUUCCUCCAGCCAGAAAACCUGCAUGAGUGUUGUAAGCAAAAAUGGUUCAGUGGUGUUGGGUGGGAGGCAGGAGAUCCUGAGCUCUGUGGGCUUUGCUCUCAUAGGGGGCACUGGCAGCAGCACCUAGAGCAGCUGAGAGCAACCCCGGGGUGCAACCCCUGAGUGCAACCCUUGAGUGCAACCCUUGAGUGCAAGCCCUGAGUGCAACCCUUGAAUGCAACCCCUGAGUGCAACCCUUGAGUGCAACCCUUGAGUGCAAGCCCUGAGUGCAAGCCCUGAGUGCAACCCUUGGGUGCAACUCCUGAGUGCAACCCCUGAGUGCAACCCCUGAGUGCAAACCCUUGGUGCAACCCCUGAGUGCAACCCUUCAGCGCAACCCCUGAGUGCAACCCCUGGAUGCAACCCCUGAGUGCAACCCUUGAGUGCAACCCCUGGGUGCAACCCCUGAGUGCAACCCUUGAGUGCAACCCCUUGGCACAGAGCUCCUUUUACAUCUGCACGUGAGCAGGGAAAGCAAUGCACUCAGCCCCAAAACAAACGUGGUACCAAGAGUCUGCUCGCCCUGCUGCACUUCUCUAUUGCCCCAAAGAAAUCCCAAUUUCAUCGAUUUCCCCCAUCAGCAUUGUGCUGCAUGCUCAGCUGUGAUUGUGACACCCUCAGAUUGCAACAACCCCAACCCCAAGCCAGCAAAAAUCCCUCUGAAUCCAGCCUUGAGGCUUUGCCAGGAGCACUCCUUCCCACUCCAUCAGUCCUUCUGAUGAAAGCCACCAGAAUCCUCACGGAUGUGCCUCCCACCAGCUCCAAAAACAUAAAGUUUUAACUCUUUUCUGGCUCCCACGCUGCUGACACAGCUCCCAGCCCCGUCCCGCUGGGAUUCCUCCCUGCUGGAAACUGAUAAUGGAUUUUGGCCACGGCUGAAGUUUGGGGAAACUGAGGCAGAAAGGGAAAUGACAGCUGGGAAAAAAAAAAAAAAAAUCCCCAAAGAUUUGAAGGGAGGGGGAACCAAAUCUGGAAGCUCCGGCCCCAAAAGCAUCAGCUCUCAGCAGCGCAGCCCAUAGCCCAACCUGACCCUGCGUGGUGUGGGGGUCCCGGUGUCCCACAGCCUAUAUCCCAGUGCGGGGGCUGCUCGUCCAACCCCCCUCAGUGUCAUUUCCUGCCUCCGAGCUGCCGCUCUGGGACGCCUUUAAGGAACUGAGCAGUGCGGAGCAGCGCCCGAAGGCUACGCCGGGACAUAUAGGACGAUGAGCUUUGUAUGGGCGUCACUCUUCUUCCUUCACUUUGCAUUGGGAAAUACUGAGAGAAGAGAAGAGGAAAUGAAAAAGUUUUUGUACGACUACGCAUCCCACUACAGUGAUUACUUAUAUGCGACUGAAGAGUACUAUAUUGACAACACCACACUAAUACCCACCAUGUACACGAUGUACACGUAUUAUGAAGGUGAGGAGUUUCUGGACUCAGUGGCAUUACCCCUGCAGUGCCAUCUGCCUCUGCUCCUCCUCCUCAGCCUCCUGCACCUCCUGCUAUGAUGCACCAAAGGUAUGAAGCCACGCAGCAUUCAAGCACUCACUCCAAGCACCCCUUCAAGCCAGCAAAAUGCAACUCUCCCCCAAAGCAUCAGCGCUCCGAAGCACCUUUCCACAACCAUCAGACCUCUGGGCAUCCAGCUCUGUGCUAACGACAGCCAAAGAAGCAUGAAUCACCGCAGGAGCUGCGGAAAAAUUAAGCCAAAGGGACUUUUAGGGUGUUUACCCAUCCAUCCAACUCUCUGCUUGCAGCCUCCAGCAUGGGGAACUCCACGCUCCCGGUGCCCAAACCCUGUUGGCACCCAGACAAGAUGGCUUAGACGAAGAAAAGAAUACCGUCACCGCAUUGGAAGUUACAUCCUCUGCACGAAGCAGUCAUCUCUGUUUUUAGUACAGCUGUGAUUUUAUACACAGAUCUUUUCAGCAGAUGGAUGCCAUCCCAGGCCAUAAAAGCUGUGCAAACACUGAGGAGCUUUGUAAUGACUAGGUUCUUUCCUACUUCCUAUUAUUCUAUUGUAAAUAUGAACUCCUGCCAAUAAAGUGACUUAACAAUUGA